GCAAACUCGAGACGAGUUAUUCAUCCCUCCCACGAUCAAAAUCAUAUACUAGGCUGACAUACAUCAAGGGCCAGCAGAGAGAUGAAGAAGUGGCCGCCUCCUUUCCUUGAGCGGCGCGGCCAGACUCUAGAGGAUACGGAAAGCGAAGAUACCGAACCCGAUGAUACAGAUGACCUCGCCUCGUUUGGCGGCCAUGGAACUCUCGAGGCUUUGGAAUUUACACGGCUUUUGGAAGCUCAAGGAAUCCCAUCUUGCGUCCAAGGGGUCUCUGCGCUCAUUUAUUACGGCGCAGGGAGGGUCAGGGAUGACUGGGAAAUCUGCAUACCCACAGAGCAGAUGGAGCAAGCCAAGCUUAUUUUCGAGAACUCUCCAGACUAUGAACCUGCCAAUCCGAUUUUGGCGCAACCAAAAUCCCUUAUUCACUCCUACCCUCGAUUAAAACGCGUCGGCAUUAACGUUCGCUUUAUUUUGGUCCCGACUUUUGACAUUCAUUUUGAAUUUAAACCGGAAAACCUGACCAGGAGUUUUAACAACCUUCCGUACCCAAAACUGGAAGUUUUGGUGCAAAGCCUCCUCGAGAAAAACGAUUCAAUGAACCUUACUGAUCUCGUCGACGGUGCCGACUUGUCGGAAAAAUGGGGCGAGGAUAAUUUGAAUCUAGAGGGCAAAAAUGACGGAGAAUGGGUUGCGAAAAUAAACGCUACCGUCAGGGCCAUGGCCAAAGGCCCAACAGACAUGAAAACUAUGGGUUGCAUGGCACCGACUGUGCUGGUUGACAAGAGAGAGUUGUGGUUGAGGAUUGUGCGAAAGAAAGGACUGAGGCUUGGUUGGAAACGGCCCCCCGAGCUCUUCGCUACCCGCUUUCGGCUCCAUGGCGAACCCGACCCUUGGUUGAGGUAUCGGGAAUGUUGUUAACACAACGUUGGCCUAGGAAUUUAAGUCUUGCUGGUAUGGCACACCGGUUCGAUUCGAAGCGAUGGAUGAGUCGAAAGAGGAUGUGGCCGUUCAAACUUGUAUUGGGUAAUUUUUCGUUUCUUGCAUUUCUCACGCACAAGACCUCGGUCCUCCGAAUUAACUGUUGAAAUUUCCACGAAAUCUUCUUUUUCUGUUUACAUAUACACAUCCACUGAGGGGUGCAUCAUACUUCGGUGUAGCCUACAGACAGUCAGAAUUGAAAAUCGU